GCCCGAAGUCUCUGCAGCUGCCGGGGGUCGGGAGCUCUAGGCAUCGGGGUGCAGAGGAUUGGACGUGUAGGGUAGGCGGGCACGUGAGCGCGCCGGCAGCCGAGGUCCCGCGGGAAUAGCAGGACGCUAGAUGCUGAGCGGCACGCGCAGCCCCGGCGGUCGGUGGCGCGCGCGCGGGGGGAGGGGGAGGUACCUGCGUGUGUGCGCGUGAGUGUGGUUGAGAGAGGGAGAGUGUAUGUGGGUGCGUGUGUGCGUGUGUGUGUGUAGAGCUCGGUGCGGAGCGUGAAUCGUUAGUUCCCUGUGUGAGUACCCUGCUGUCUUGCACAUCCCCCCUCUGUCCCCGCAACUCCACGGUCGCAUACCGAGUGAGAGCCCGGGAAGCAGGGGUGGGAGAGCGUGCAGGGUCGCAGGAAACAAAAGGGGCGCGGGGGUCAGCCUGCCAUGGCCUCUCGGAACCUGGGGGGCAGGAGCGCGAGCCGCAGCGGGGGCGGCGGCGGCAAGAAGAGCCUGAGCGCCCGCAAUGCUGCGGUGGAGAGGAGGAACCUGAUAACGGUUUGCAGGUUUUCUGUAAAGACUCUGAUUGAUCGGUCCUGCUUUGAGACAAUUGAUGAUUCUUCUCCUGAAUUUAACAAUUUUGCAGCUAUUUUGGAACAGAUUCUAAGUCACCGGCUAAAAGGUCAAGUAACCUGGUUCGGUUAUGAAAGUCCUCGUAGCUUCUGGGACUAUAUCAGAGUGGCUUGCCGGAAGGUUUCACAGAAUUGUAUCUGCAGCAUUGAAAAUAUGGAAAAUGUCAGUUCCUCUAGAGCUAAGGGGAGAGCUUGGAUCAGAGUAGCACUCAUGGAAAAACAUUUAUCUGAGUACAUCUCCACAGCUCUGAGAGACUUCAAAACAACCAGGCGAUUUUAUGAAGAUGGAGCAAUUGUCUUGGGUGAGGAAGCAAAUAUGCUUGCUGGCAUGCUGCUUGGGCUCAAUGCUAUUGAUUUCAGCUUCUGCCUAAAGGGGGAGGGAUUGGAUGGCAACUUUCCUGCUGUAAUAGAUUAUACACCAUACUUGAAGUUUACCCAAAGUUCUGAUAGCAUCAGCAGUGACGAGGAAGAGCUGAGGACCUUGGGAAGCAGUGGCAGUGAAAGCAGCACCCCAGAGAAUGUCGGGCCUCCUUUCAUCAUGGACGAGAAUAGUUGGUUCAACAAGUGCAAGAGGGUGAAACAAAAGUAUCAGCUGACCCUGGAACAGAAGGGUUAUCUUGAAGAACUCCUGAGACUUCGAGAGAACCAGCUGUCCGAAUCUGUCUCCCAGAAUAAAACACUACUACAAAGGAUUGAAGAUUCUGAUCUGGCCCAUAAAUUGGAAAAGGAACAGUUAGAAUACAUAAUUGUAGAGCUUCAAGAUCAGCUGACUGUGCUAAAGAAUAAUGAUUUAAGAUCAAGACAAGAGUUAACUGCCCACCUCACCAACCAGUGGCCUUCCCCAGGAGCUCUGGAUGUCAAUGCUGUUGCCUUGGAUACGUUGCUUUACCGAAAACACAAUAAACAGUGGUAUGAAAAAAGUUAUCAAAGUCUUGACCAGCUAUCAGCUGAAGUUAGCCUUUCUCAGACUUCACUGGAUCCAGGUCAGUCCCAGGAAGGAGACGGGAAACAGGACACGUUAAAUUCAAUCAGUGAAGGUAAAGAAGAUACUCCCUCAUUACUCGGUCUCUGUGGGUCCCUAACAUCAGUGGCAAGUUACAAAUCUCUAACUAGCCUAAAAUCUAAUGACUAUCUCGCAAGUCCUACAACAGAGAUGACAAGUCCAGGCCUAACUCCAUCCUGAGGAAUUUUAUGUAAAAGCCAAAAGAUUUUAUGUUGCCAGUGUUCUAUUUACACAAGUGUGACUGCUGGGAAAACCUUUGGGAUUUUAUAUUGUUCUGGCACGAGUCUGGGAUUCUGUGGCGUAGAGAGUUCAACCCACUCCAUGUUAACUGAGUGAAAAAAGAUGGUCCGGCCAUUUCUCAUUUUAAAGUUCUUAUAUUUGUCACUGAGGAAGUUUCAAGUGAACAGACCUAAAAACAACGUUCAAAGAUCCUCUAAAUUAAUAAUACUUUAAAUUGUACAUAUUUAUUAUUCAGUUGAUUUUCAUAUAAUUUAAGGUAUCAUAAUUGCCCGAGAUUGAGUUCAAGGUUUUAUUCCAGAGACUUAAGCUACAUAUUUUCUUUCCUCUUUUAUUCAGUGAUUUAAAAACUUCUAAAAAUGACUUAGUAAUUUUAUUUUUCAUUAAUUUCUUCCAAGAUUCUAAUGUUUAAAAGCCUUGUUUUUAAAAUAAGGAGAAAGUUCUCAGCUGCAGCUUGACAGUGGCUUAUUCAGUUUUUCUUUAACAGUUAUUAUCAUUUGGUGUCAAUGUUAACAUUCCACUGAACAUUUUAUAAAGUUUGUAGGAAUGUGCAGUGGGCAGUUACUAAAUUUGGUAGUGUCAUAGGGAAAGUAUUUUACAAUAUUUUAGGCCAUUUAGGUAACAUGUCUUAUUUGUCUCCCCUAAAUUUUCUUAACAGGUUGUCAAUUAAAAAUGAUCAAAUAUGCCUCAAAAAUUAAACGUUAAAGUGUAAACAGAUGUUGAAAAAGUAUUUGAUCAGCAAAAAUUUCAGGUUCAGUGAAGUGUGAGCAGCUCUUGCAUUAGGAUUGGCAGGGCGGUGUCCCGUGCCGCGCUCCUCCUGCCCCUGCUCCUCCUGCCCCUGCCUUGCAGCCGUGAGGGGUGUCUGGUGACGUUUACAGCUCCCGUCAGCAGUCAGGCCACGGUUUCAUUUUAAAGUUGAUGUUAAAAAUCCCUGCACUUCUACAGGUAAAACAUAGUUUCCUUUUUUUUUAAAAAGCUAUGAGCUGUAUUUUAAACAUUUUUGCAAUUUUUGGAGCUAUACAUUUUGUCCCGAAAAAUUUCACCCCAUUGGAAGAGAAAGUGUAUUAUUUUCUACAGUAAGUAAUGUGAGGAAGACAUGAUCAGUUGUGCCAAGGAAGUUUUAUACAUUGUUUACAUGUAGUGGCUACAAUACUUACUGGGACUUAAUAUGUGCUAUAUUUUUGUUUAUUAAUAAAACAUUACAUUCAAACUUAGUAGCUUUGACAUAUAGGAAUAAUGUUCCUCCUAAAGCAAUUUAUUUUUAUUGAGAGGAGGCAGGAAGUGCGAAUUUAUCACAUCCACUCUUUGUGUUAGAAACGUAGGAGUGUGGUGGUUCUCUACAAUCUUUGGAGCUUUACUACCAUAAUUUGGAAUUUAAUAUAAUAAAUAAUAACAAGGCUAGUCUUGUAUGUAAAACAGUUCAAACAAUGUCAUUUCAGGGACAAAGGAGGCCUGAAAACCCUUUUAAAAAGUUAUCUUAGUUGUUCCAGGACUACUCAGAGGCUUUAUCAUUUUAGCUUAAGACUUUCGUAUUGUACUUGUAGAAAUGCAAAUAUUCUUGAGAAAUGGUACCUUUAAUCUCUUAAUUCUGUAUAUGUUAUUGUCAGUGAGGUAUCCAAAGCAAUUUUUACGCUGCAUGGGGAGUGGAAGGUAUAAAACAAGGACAAUGGAAAUUUUAGGAGGGAGUGAGAAAUGGUUAAGGAGGGGAACUUCAAAACUUUUAGGCUGGCCUUAAGCACUUUUGCUGCUUUCCUAAGAACUCUCAGAAUGUUUAAAUGCUUUAUCAUCCAUGGUCCACUCUCAACUUGACACUUUCCUUCCAUAAUUAAAAAAAAAUCAUUAAAUUUUUUCCAUACUUUUUUAUAAUACAGAAAGUUAAUUCAGGAUUCCAUAAUUGAUAACAUUUUUCAGAUUUGUCUAAUGUAUACUAUAACCUGUGCAUCUUAACGUGCUACUAAAUGCAGAUUUAAACAUGACACCUGGCGAUCAUGACUUUCCUUCCUGUCUUGGAGCUCUUGGUAUACAAUCCAUCUGCUAAUGUGAAUUCAGGUUUCUACAGAGUUCAUUUCAUACUAGUUAGAGAUGGUUAGUGUGUGCAUGAGGAAACAACUUACGUCUCAAUCUUCAGUUUUAGGUGAUAGUGUUUAUUUAUAAACCCUCCCCAAAAUAGAAUGCUGAAUUAUAUGCUGAUAUUUCUAUGUGUAUUUUGUUGCCUUGAUGUAUUAUACUUGCUGCAUGUAUAUUAAACAUUUUGUACUAUG